AGAUACUUCUCCACUUCGCAUCCGUAUCACAUAUCUGCAUAAACAGCUCUUUACAAUGUCCAAGGCAGGCAACUACCUAAAGACAGCCAUUUCCAUGGUCACGUCUCUCGAAGAGGGCAAACCCCACUCUUCAAUCACAGACUGGAUCGAGGUCCUCUCUUCGGACAGAUACGAGGAACUCAGUCUGGAUGGCAUUUCAGAGCUUGUCGAGAGCGUGAACAUCCUUGGAUCCCAGGGCACUACCGAAGCUUCGCGAGCUAUCAGGAAGAAGCUCAAGUACGGUAACGUCCAUCGUCAAAUCCGAGCGCUUGUCAUCCUUCGGGCUCUCACAGAGAAUGCGGGAAAGGGAUUCCAGCUCAACUGGGCCAAUGAGCAGUUGAUGGAGCGUCUCAGAUUGAUGGCAGCCGACCAAUUAACCGAUCCCAAGGUUAAGAGGAUGCUUUUACUCGUGUUCCAUGCCUGGUCUUUGCAGUAUAAGGACGAGCCAAGGAUGCACGAGGUUGCCGGGCUUUACCGAAAGUACACCGGGCACGGUACUAGGCCUGCCCCUAGAAAGCCCACCACUGCAUCAUCUCCUACCACUGCCACCUCUGCUACCGCUGGACAUGGUACAUUCGACGACAUUUUCUCACACGAUUGGAAUCCUGCCCCUGGCAACAGAGGCGCCGACACCUACACCGACCUUGCUGCUGCCAAGGCUGACGCGGAGGAACGAAAACGCGCUCGCGAGGCCCGUAUCGCCCUCGAGCAACGUGAAGCGGAGAUUGAGAGGAGGGAGAGGGAGCUGCGAAGGAAGAGAGAUAUGGCUGAGAUUGAAGAGAGGAGAAGAAAAGAUGCUGCUGAGGAAGCUGAGAAUAGGAGGAAGUUGAAGGAGCAAGGGAAGAAGAAGAACCAGCAGCCGAAGAGGUUGCCUUUCAGUUUCGAGAAGGAGAAGCCUCAGAUCAUGGUGGCCGUCGCGAAUGCGAUCCAAUGUGCCAAUAAUCUCGUCAAUGCUUGUCGUCUUGUCAACAGAGAGGUUGAGAACGUUACUGAGAGCCCCAAAGUACAAGACAAUCUCGACAAAGCCAAGGUGGCGAGGAGAUCAGUCAUUAAAUACAUCCAACUUGUCACUGACGAAGAAUACGUUGGGACACUGUUGGACGCCAAUGAGCGGAUUGUCGAAGCCAUUCAACUCUAUGACAGGCUUUCCAAACCCGCUGUAUUGGACUCUGACUCCGAGGACGACGCAGCCGACGUGUCUGCUCUGCACAAGCGACUCGCCGCCCAAAAGCUUGAAGCUGACCGUACGGGCGAGCUCCAAAAGAUCCAGGAAGACCAGAAACGCGAGUCGGCGAGGCGGCAGCAAAGACAGCUCUUGCGUCAGGCGAGCGAGACGGGGACCCCUGUCCGAGGUACCCAGCAACCUUCUUCGACAUACUCGGAUUUGCAGGAUCUGGACUUUGGAAGUAUCGCGCAUACCCAGGCGAACUUGCCUCCACCUAUGAGGCCUGACUCCGGGGAUGAUGAGUCUUACGGGGGCUCUUUGUCAGACUUUUCAGAUUAUGAUUCAUCCGACGCCGAAUGGCAAGCUGUCCAUGGUUCUGGCUCUGUGGCCAAUAAGGGAGCUCCUACUGCUGGCCCUUCGAGUCGCGUCCCUCGACAGUAUGCUUCAUUGGAAGACGAUUACCCUGGACAGAGCGGAUUAUUGGCGAAAGAAGAUGAUAACCCAUUUGGGGAUCCCUUUGCGGAUGAACUGGACACCCCUGUGCAGGAGAAGCAGAGAUUGCAGUGGGCGGAGAUCUAAAUGAUGGAGUGGAUGUCAAUUACGGUUUCUAUAGCUGUGCAUUAAUAAUAUAUCCUGCCUUAUUCAAUUGCUCGUGCUUGUUUGGUAUAAAUAUGAUGAUGUGAUUUGUGAUAUU